AUGGAGGCUGUUGGUGCUGAAGCAGCACCAGCAGAGGUCAAAGUAUCUGAUGGAGAAGUGAAUCUAUUCCAAGAGAAGGAAAGCAAAGCAACUGCAAAAGAACGCGAGGAGGCAGCUGUUUUUGGUUCAGAGACAACUACCAAUGUCACUGAUCUGGCACCUCCAAAGGACGCGAAGGAUGAAUGGCCUGAACCUAAGCAAACUUAUGCCUUCUACUUCAUCAAGAUCCGCUCAUUUGAGGAUCCUAAACUGAGGGCAAAACUCGAGCAGGCUGACAAAGAAUUCCAGAAGAAGAUCCAAGCUCGUUCUAAACUUAUUGAGGCAGUAAGAGCCAAGAAGGCAGAGCGCUUCAGUAUUAUUGCAGAGCUGAAGCCAUUGAGUGCUGAGAACAAACAAUAUAAUGAAGUUGUGAAUGAGAAGAUAAAGGAGAUGGAGCCUCUUCGGAACAGCUUGGGCAAGUUUCGUGAUGAAAACAAUGCCAUGAGGGCACAGAGUGCAGGUUUAUGCUCUUCUAUCGAAGAGCUUGACCUAACGAUCAAGAUGCUGAAUGAUCGAAUGGUACAUGAGAGCAUACCUUUAUCUGAGGAGAAGCGUCUGGUGAAAGAAAUUAAGGACCUUGAAAAAACCAGAUCGAAAGUCAUCUCUAAUGCUGCUAACAGGGCUAAACUGCAAGGUACAGUGGUUGAAAAAGAGGCUAUACAGGACCAGGUCAAAAUCAUCGGGGAGGGCAUUGAUGGAAUAAAGAAGGAAAGACAGGCAGUAAGAUCUAAGAUUAAGGUCCUGGAGGAUGAGUUAAAACUUGUUGAUGCUGAGAUUGCAUCGCUUCAAGAAGAUUUAGAUGCAGCAACUGCCAGAAAGGACAAGGUGUAUGAAUCGUUGCAAGAAUUGAGAGCAGUGCGCGAUGCAAAAAACGCAUCCUCCAUGCAAAACCGUUCAGUUUUAGGCAAAGCUAGGGAUUAUUCUUCAAGGAAUAUGCUGACAGAAUUGCAAGAGCUCCACAAGACUGAGGUCGACAAGUUCAUGACCCAAUGGUGUGAAAGUAAGGCCUUCAGAGAGGACUAUGAGAAGAGAAUCCUCGCCUCCCUAAAUAGCCGACAGCUGAGUCGAGAUGGUCGAAUGAGGAAUCCUGAUGAGAAGCCCAUAUUUAUCGAGUCACAGGCGCCAGCUUCAGAGCCAGAGCCCAUCCCUGUAAAAUUGCCUGCAAAGUUGCCUGCAAAACAAGCCAAAGAAGUGCCUGCUCCCCAGGAAGAUGAUGCUCCCAAGAUUGAAGCUCUUUCAAAAGGACCUGUCAAGUCGCACAAGGCAAAAGCUGCUCUUGAUGCUGAUGAUGAUUAUGAGGCUGAGCCCCCGAAGGAGAAGGCCAAGCCUACAGAGGCUGAUGUGGCGAAGUUGAAAGAGAUCAAGAGGCAGGAGGAGAUUGAGAAGAACAAGCUUGCCUUGGAGAGGAAGAAGAGGCAGGCUGAGAAGCAGGCAGCAAAAGCCGCGGCCCGAGCACAGAAGGAAGCUGAGAAGAAGCUGAAGAAAGAGGAGAAGAGAGCCAAGAAGAAAUCUGGUGCAGCUGACACUGAUGAGCCCUCGGAAUCGGAUGCCAAGUCUGAUGAAGCCAUGGAAGCCCCAGCGGAACAAGAAGUGAUCCCAGCUUCCACCACGGUAAAGAAAGAACAGAAGGAGAAUGCCCGGCACAGGAAUGUGGUCAGCCGGAGCAAGGCCCCGCCACCCAAGGCGAUCCUGAAGAGGAAGAAGGCGCAGUCCUACUGGUCAUGGGCUGGCCCAGCUGCCAUAGUGGCUGCCGUGCUGGUUGCCCUCCUCGCGGUGCUGGGAUACUACCAGUACUACCUCCCAGCGAAUGCCAGCAACUGA